AUACUUCGUAAGCUUAUAUAAAUAGACUAUAAACAUGUGGUUAUUCGACUGGUUUCAAGAUAUCUUAUCCUCAUUAGGAUUAUGGAAUAAACACGCUAAAUUAUUAUUCCUUGGUUUGGAUAACGCUGGUAAGACCACUCUUUUGCACAUGUUGAAGAACGACAGACUAGCCACUUUACAACCUACUUUACACCCAACUUCUGAAGAAUUAGCCAUUGGAUCAGUUAGAUUCACCACUUUCGACUUGGGUGGACAUCAACAAGCUCGUAGAUUAUGGAAGGACUACUUCCCUGAAGUCAAUGGUAUUGUGUUUUUAGUCGAUGCUGCUGAUCCAGAAAGAUUUGCUGAAUCCAAGGCCGAAUUAGAAUCUUUGUUCAAGAUUGAAGAAUUGUCGCAAGUCCCAUUUGUUAUUUUGGGUAACAAGAUUGAUGUUCCUUCUGCAGUGGGUGAAAUGGAAUUGAAGAAUGCCUUGGGCUUAUACCAAACUACCGGUAAGGAAACUGGUAAGUUGCCUGAAGGUGCUAGACCAAUUGAAGUGUUUAUGGUUUCUGUUGUUAUGAGAUCAGGUUACGGUGAAGCCUUCAAGUGGUUAUCCCAAUAUAUUUAGAUUAGGCCCCCUCCCCCCCUUUUGAUAUGUAUAGAUAUUGAAGUAUUUCCCUAUAUAUGUGGAUAUUAUUAGUAUAGGGUAGUUUAUAUUAGUCACGUGAAUCUCCAUGUUUAGUUUUAUAUAGCAUCUCUAUUGUGAUUAAGUUAAUU